AUGCGGGCAGUGGGGCAAACCGUUGCGGCUCUGCGCUCGAGCCACGUGGCAGCUGUGGAUGCAACCUCUUCGGAUGGGCGACACGUGUCAAACCUCGAGGGGAAGUCUCGAUGCCGGGAAGUACGAAGAGUUCCGGGGCCGGAGUUCGCGCAGAGCGGAUUUGCUGACGGCCGCAAUUUAAAUACGGUUGGGUCGAUGGAAGAGUUGGCGACGCUUCGAAACGAGCUUUUGGCGCUGCGACGGGAGGUCACGGCCUUCCUUCAGCUUAAGGCUGUAGCGCAGAGCUUGGCCGCCCCAGAAACCGGCCGGUCGCGGGUCGAGACAGGGGACCGGAGAAAGUUUUUCCGCGAACGCAAGAAGAGUGAGAACCAAAGUGGGCAAAGGGCAGCGCAAACCGACGCCGUGACGCUGGGUGUACUUCAGCAAAUGAAGGAAAGCGUGGCUGCGCUGAGAGCCGAAGUCGACAACCUGCAGCGAGCAGAAGUUGGUGCUGUGGGACGGCAGCGAGUCGAUGCACCAUUUGCUUACCUAGCAGCGGGUGUGGUGGGCGGGGUCAGGGCAGGGGUUAACCCCGGCCGGUUAAGCGAACCGGCCGAGGGGUUUUCCGGGGGCUUCGGCAGCCCAGUGGCGUUGACAGAAAGGGAUGCGCAUCCUGACGGAGGGCUGUCAAAGUUGCGUGAGCAGGUGACGUCAGCGGGGACGGCUGCUGAUGUGGUCGCCCUGCAAGAGAGCGUCGCGCAGCUGACGCGCGAGCUGCUCGCGCUGAGGUCAGGAGCGGCAGCUCUCGGUUUCGGCUCCGGUUCCGGUUCCGGUUCCGCCCACGUACGGCAGCAGCUUGUCACCAGCGGAUUGAUUGACAAGGCGAGUGGCGGGCAGGUUUUCGCUACAAAGGUGGGUGAAGCUCGGACCGAGGGUGAGGGAGCGCGGAGCGUUUUCAGGGAACCGGAACGGAAUGGUCCAGUGCUUGUCCCGUCUGAGCUUCUCCAACGAGAGAUUGCAGAAGCGCGGGCGGAGCUGGCUGCCCUCAGGAGCGGAAGCAAGGGGUUUCCGGCCUUAGGAACGGAGCAGAAGGGGCCGGAAUCAGGAAACGAUCUUGUGAUUGAAAGAGCGGAAGUCAGCAAGGGAGGCCGGUCUUCAGUGCGGUGGGCGGACGGAGAUCUGACGGAAGGCGUCGAGCCGUCGGGAAAUGCUCCCGGGGAAGCAGCGGCAACGGGAAACAGCUCUUGGGGAGGUGACCCCGGGCACGCGAGGGGGAUCCCCUGGGGGUCUUCGCUGACAUGGACCGACUUAGCGACCUGUCUGGAGCAGAGCGAUAACGAACCGGUCAGAGGACGCUUAGUUUCAAUAAAGGCGGCGAACGUUGGUAGUGGCCGAAGUGGUGCAUCUGUGCAAGCAGCGCAGCGCACGCGCUCGGUCGACAAAUUGCUAGUCAGGAAUGCGAGCGAAAGACCAUACCCUUCAAGAAAACCGUUCGCUUACGAAAGAAAGUUGGGCAAUCCAGCGGGACGGCUCCCCUUAGAGCGGCAAAGCCAGCGGUUAAAAUUACCGCCGCAGACAGCUGUCAAAGCGCCAUUAGUGGAUAGGAAAGAGAAGCAGAACAAAGUCGGGUAUGCGCCCAAAAGGGGUUGGGCAAACCCGGCAUCCGUCUUCGAGGUCAUCUCAUAG